AUGAGGGCUGAGUCACUCCUGUCAGCUUUGGGCCCGCAGGUUCAAAAUGCCUGUGUGGGCGCUGCCAUUGCCCAGCAGGCGGAGUGUGUGCAGGCCUUUCUGGAGGCCGGAGCGCCCUUGACCUGCUCGGACAAGGAGGGCCGGCGCCUCCUCCCCGCAUGCUGUCGAAGCAGUUUGGCAGAAUCCAUCGCGUUGAUGGUGUCCCUUCGGGCCGACGUGUCGAAGCCCGAUGGCGAUGGGUCUUUGCCGAUGUCCUUGGCCAUCCAGAACAAGUCCAUGAGCUGCGUCAAGGAGCUCUUGCGCGGGGGUGCCCAACCCCCUGCAAAUGCGGACAUGCCUGGCCUGGCCAAUCUGAUGCUGGAGGUGCAGUUUGAGCAGUGUGAGGCUGAGAUUCGGCCGCUGGCAACCGCGGAGGUGGACCCAGCACAGCUUCUUGAAGCUGAGCGGGUCGUCCUAGAGGGCAUGGAGGACCACAAACGCCUCAUCAAGCUUCACGAGGACACGAGAGCCUCGAAGAGCUUGGCGGAGGUGGAGAGGCAGAUCGCAGAUGCCCAGGCAAAGCUCGAGGCCACAAAGGCCUCCUCAGUCGAAUAUGUAGAAUCAAUGAAUCAAAAGAAGAUCGCCAUCCGAAAUGCGGAAGCUGAGCUGCAUAAGCUCCACAAGGAAAUCCACUCCGUCCAAGAGACAUACACCAAGCUCAAGGAGGAGGAUGCCAAGUUGAAGCAAGAGCUCAUCACGAGCCACGAGACUCUGAAAGAGGCUCAAGCCGAACGCGACGCUUUGGAGGCUGCACGGCUGGAGCGAGAGCAGCUUACCGGCAAGGUCCAGGAAGAGCUGCAGGAGCUGGAGAAGCUCAUUGAGGAACAGACGCAGCAGAAUGCCGGCUACCAGCAGGAGUUGCUUGCAGCCAGAGAAGACUUGGAAAGCAAGAUGCGGGACAAAGAGGAGGCCAAACUUCUCACCGAGAAGGCGCAUCAGCUUGUCGACACACUCUGA